AUGGAGGAAAGGAUGAAAAAUGGUGGCAUGGAAGAAAAUAUAUGUUAUUCGAAACUAACGUCGUUUCUUCAGAAAGAUACCUCCUUUCUUACUCCUUGGAGUUGGGAUGCCAACGCUUCAGAUAACGAAGCUUCAACUUCCACAAAACAAGUGCAGUACCUUCAAUUUCCACCUGGAUCAUAUUUUUCCUUUUGCAUAUGUCGCUGGUUGAAUUUCAAAAAGAGGAAGAAGCCUCGGAAUUACGAUUAUCUUCGAACUUCCGAAAAUGAAAAGAGGAUGAUGGAGAUUAAAGCCAGAAUAAAGAAGAAGCUUAGACUUGUCAGAAGAUUUUAUCGUGGAGAAUAG